AUUAUUAUUUCCGGUUGGAAGUAUCAGGCCUAGUCAGUCAGUGUUAAUUUUAUACAUCUUUUGGAAAUACUUUCAAAAAGCUAGAGGUAAUUUACAGUUAUUGUUAGCUUUAAUUUCUCAAGCUCCAAAAAUAAAGGAUGCGUGAUACAACUGGGAUAAGAUCUUUGACUCCACAUGGACAUGUUGGAUUUGAUACUUUUCCUGACCAACUAGUGAAAAAAUCUCUUCAGCAAGGCUUCACCUUUAACAUUCUCUGUAUAGGUGAAACAGGCUUAGGGAAGUCUACCCUGAUAAACUCACUGUUUAAUACCAACUUUGAUGGCACUCAGACUUCUCAUGCAUUGCCAGGAGUGAGGCUCAGGUCAAAUAUCUUUGAAUUACAGGAGAAAAAUGUUAAAUUGAAAUUAACCCUCGUAGAGACUGUGGGAUAUGGUGACCAAAUCAACAAAGAAGAUAGCUUUAAAACAAUUGUGGAUUAUAUUGACACUCAGUUCGAGAGCUAUUUACAGGAAGAACUGAAAGUCCAACGCUCCCUUUCAGCAUUUCAUGAUACUCGUAUUCAUGCUUGUCUAUAUUUAAUAUGUCCAACUGGACACGGGCUGAAGUCUAUUGACUUGUUAUGUAUGAAGAAGUUGGACAACAAAGUCAACAUCAUUCCCGUUAUUGCAAAAUCAGAUGUCAUUUCUAAAGCCGAGCUGCAACAUUUCAAAAUAAAGGUCAUGAGUGAGCUGGUAGCCAAUGGAAUCCAGAUUUACCAGUUUCCAACAGAUGAUGAAAACGUUGCUGAGCUGAAUGCCAACAUGAAUAAGCAAGUGCCUUUUGCUGUUGUUGGAAGUACUGAUACAAUCAAAUUUGGAAAUAAAAUGAUUCGAGCUAGGCAGUAUACGUGGGGUAUUGUCCAAGUUGAAAAUGAGAACCACUGUGAUUUUGUAAAGCUACGAGAAAUGCUACUUCGGACUAACAUGGAGGAUCUAAGGGAGCAGACCCACAGCUGUCAUUAUCAGUUGUACCGCCGACUGCGACUUGAACAGAUGGGCUUUUCGGAUCUUGGGGCUGAUAAUAAGCCGGUACCCUUUCAUGAAAACUAUGAAAAAAAACGUCAAGAGCAAUUAGAGUUAUUACAGCAGAGAGAAGAAGAGAUGAGACAGUCAUUUGUUUUUCGUGUGAAAGAAAAAGAGUCGGAGCUAAAGGAAGCUGAAAAAUCUCUUCUUACAAAGUAUGAAAAUAUGAAUAAACAGCUGGAGCAAGAAAAACACAAGAUAGAAGACCAAAACAAGAAACUGGAAGAGGAAAUGAAUGAUUUCAAUAAGAAAAAAGAAGUUUUUUUACAUGCCCAGAACCAACCUCAGUCUCAUGGUCUUACCUUGGGAUGGGGCAAAAAGAAAUAAGACAUCAAAGAUUUUGGCUUUUCUUUUUAAUUCUUAUUUGCUAAGAAUCUGUUAUUAUUUUGUCUAUAUUAAGGAAGGAAAGUAAAAUUUUGAAUUAAGUGUUACAUUUCUGAUAUAUUGAUAUAUGUUGUUUUUUUAAACUGGUGAUGAAACGUUGUACUAUUUCAAAGUGGACCAAUGGUUACAGAUUAUUUAGCUGUAGGUUAGUAUAACGUAGAGAAUUCAAUUACUGUGCUUUUCUAGUGUUGUAAGCUAGUGCACACUUUAACAAGGAUUUUGUUUGAGGUCUAGUUUUACUAUAACACGUGUUGACAAUCAGGUAAAGUUUACCACAUGUAACAGUUUCAAAAAAGUUGUUUUUAUUUCAUAUUGUUGAUGAAAAUUUUUACUGUUUGCAUAUCAUUUUAAACUUUGUCACAAAGUGAAAUAUUAUCUUUGAAAAUAUUUACCUCAUAAUAACAUUGAACUUUGAACCACCAUUCACGAAUAUUUGUUUAAUACCAGCCAUCUUAAUGUAAGAUAACAUCUACACGGUGACUAAGAAAGUCCAUGAAAUGAUUCUAAAGCUCAAGCAGCUUCAGAGAGUUGUCCCUCUAUCAGGAGAAUACUUAUGAACAAGAGCCUAGUGCUUGAACUUUUUGUGUU